UUGAAGGCAGAUGAUGCUCCACCCCCAGGUGUUCAAGUUAGGUGGAGAGGGUCAUGGUCAGCAUCAUCAUCAUCAUCACUACUUCACUUACCUGACAUGAUUCUGUCAUUUCCCUGGAGCGGAGCUUCCACCCUGCACUGAGCGCAGCAGCCCUGCACAGUCAAAGCAGCACCUGUGACCUGCACCACGACCACGACGCCAACGAGACAAGGAUCAGUGAACACGUCAGAGGUCACUUCUCCAGAGGCUGAAGCAGCCGCCCGUGAACCACCGGAGCUCCACUCUUCCCCCCGCCAGAGACGACGUCUGUGAUCUCCAGUGUCUUUUUUGACUCCGCCCACAUGGCCGACGCAACCGCUGACGACAGCACGUGCCUGUUUCUGGAAAACGAUUUUCAAAAUGCUGGGGUGGCACAAGCCGACUGGACAGCCAAGAGGAUGGUGUGGGUGCCGUCGGACAGGGAGGGCUUCCAGGCCGCGAGCCUCAAGGAGGAAAAGGGCGACGAGGUGGUGGUGGAGCUCGCUAACGGACAGAGGCUGAAGGUGAACAAAGACGACAUCCAGAAGAUGAACCCGCCCAAGUUCAGCAAAGUGGAGGACAUGGCCGCCCUCACCUUCCUCAACGAAGCGUCCAUCUUCCACAACCUGCGAGAUCGAUACUUCUCCAGCCUCAUCUAUACGUACUCGGGUCUGUUCUGCGUGGUGGUGAAUCCGUACAAGAUGCUGCCCAUCUACUCUGAGAAGAUCAUGGAGAUGUACAAGGGCAAGAAACGCCACGAGGUUCCGCCUCACAUCUACUCCAUCACUGACAACGCUUACAGGAACAUGAUGCAAGACCGUGAGGAUCAGUCCAUUCUCUGCACAGGUGAAUCCGGGGCAGGAAAGACGGAAAACACCAAGAAGGUCAUUCAGUACCUGGCUGUCGUCGCUUCCUCGCACAAAGGCAAAAAAGAUGCCAACCCUCAGCAGCCUGGGUCUCUGGCCUACGGGGAGCUGGAGAAACAGCUGCUGCAGGCAAAUCCAAUCCUGGAGGCGUUUGGAAACGCCAAAACCAUCAAGAACGACAAUUCCUCACGAUUUGGCAAGUUCAUCAAGCUCAACUUUGACGUGACGGGCUACCUGGUCGGAGCAAACAUCGAUACCUAUCUCCUGGAGAAGUCUCGCUGCAUUCGCCAAGCGAACACAGAGAGAGCGUUUCACAUCUUCUACUACAUGGUGGCUGGAGCCAAAGACAAGAUGAGGGAGGACCUGCUGCUGGAGGACUUCAGCAGCUACCACUUCCUGAUGGCAGGUCACAUAGAAAUCCCUGGUCAGGAGGAUGAUGAGAUGUUCAUGGAGACUCUGGAGGCCAUGGAGAUUAUGGGCUUCACUGAGGAGGAGAGAAUAGGGAUGUUGAAGGUGGUGUCCACUGUGCUGCAGCUCGGCAACGUCAAGUUUGAGAAGGAGAGGAACAGCGAGCAGGCGACCAUGCCCGACAACACGGCUGCCCAGAAGGUGUGUCACCUGCAGGGCAUCAACGUGACAGACUUCACCCGUGCCAUCCUCACCCCUCGAAUCAAAGUGGGUAGGGAGGUGGUGCAGAAGGCUCAGACCAAGCAGCAGGCAGAUUCUGCAGUGGAGGCUUUGGCUAAAGCUAUGUAUGAGCGUCUGUUUCGCUGGAUCCUGGCAAGAGUCAACAAGACCCUGGACAAGAGUAAGAGACAGUCGUCCUCCUUCCUGGGCAUCCUGGACAUUGCUGGCUUUGAGAUUUUUGAGGACAAUUCCUUUGAGCAGCUCUGCAUCAACUACACCAACGAGCGACUGCAGCAGCUCUUCAACCACACCAUGUUCAUCCUGGAGCAGGAGGAGUACAAGAGGGAGGGCAUCGAGUGGAACUUCAUCGACUUCGGCCUGGACCUGCAGCCGUGCAUUGAGCUCAUCGAGAAGCCGAACAACCCUCCAGGUGUCUUGGCCCUGCUGGAUGAGGAGUGCUGGUUCCCCAAAGCUACAGAUGUUUCCUUUGUGGACAAGCUGCUGAACACCCACACCAGUCAUGUCAAGUUCUCAAAACCCAAACAGCACAAAGAGAAACUGAUCUUCACUAUCCUGCACUACGCUGGAAAGGUCGACUAUAACGCAGCAAACUGGCUAACAAAGAAUAUGGAUCCUCUGAACGACAACGUGACGGCACUGCUCAACAACUCCUCCAGCAACUUCAUCCAGGAGCUUUGGAAGGACGUGGAUCGAGUGGUGGGUCUGGAGACCAUGACCAAGAUGUCCCAGAGUUCGGUGCGCACCUCCACUAAAUCCAAGAAGGGCAUGUUCCGCACGGUGGGCCAGCUGUACAAAGAGUCUUUGGGCAAACUGAUGACCACGCUGCACAACACUCAGCCCAACUUUGUUCGUUGCAUCAUCCCCAACCACGAGAAGAGGGCUGGCAGGAUGGAUGCUCACCUGGUUCUGGAGCAGCUGAGGUGUAACGGCGUGCUGGAGGGAAUCCGCAUCUGCAGACAGGGAUUCCCCAACCGCAUCGUGUUCCAGGAGUUCAGGCAGAGGUACGAGAUUCUGGCUGCCAACGUCAUCCCUAAAGGCUUCAUGGAUGGCAAACAAGCCUGCUGUCUGAUGGUGGAACACCUGGAUCUGGAUCCUAACCUGUAUCGCAUCGGCCAGAGUAAGAUGUUUUUCAGGACAGGAGUUCUGGCUCAGUUGGAGGAGGAGCGAGACCUCAAACUCACCGUCGUCAUCAUCAACUUCCAGGCACAGGCCAGAGGCUUCCUGGCUCGCAGGGCUUUCAGUAAACGUCAGCAGCAGCUCAGUGCCAUGAAGGUCAUCCAGAGAAACUGUGCCUGUUACCUGAAACUCAAGAACUGGCAGUGGUGGAGACUUUUUACUAAGGUGAAGCCCCUGCUGCAGGUCACCAGACAAGACGAGGAAAUAGGCCAGAAGGAGGAGGAGCUAAAGGCGGCGAGAGAUGUGGCUGCCAAGACUGAGGCCGAACUAAAGGACAUCGCACAGAAACACACACAGUUGAUGGAGGAACGAACCCAGCUGGAGAUGAAGCUACAGGCAGAGACGGAGCUUUACACUGAGGCCGAGGAGAUGAGGGUGAGACUGGAGGCCAAGAAACAGGAACUGGAGGAGGUGCUGCAGGAGCUGGAGGCUCGGCUGGAGGAGGAGGAGGAGCGAAGCGGCUGCCUGCAGCAGGAGAAGAAGCACAUGGAGCAGCAGCUACAGCUGGUGGAGGCCCACGUCGCAGAGGAAGAAGACGCUCGGCAGAAGCUGCAGCUGGAGAAAGCAGCCGUGGAGGGAAAAGUCAAGAACAUGGAGGAGGACCUCCUUCUGAUGGAGGAGCAGAAUCACAAACUGCGGAAGGAGCAGGAGCUUCUGGACGAGAGGUUGACCGACAUGAGCGCCAACCUGGCCGAGGAGGAGGAGAAGUCCAAGAACCUCACUAAACUCAAGAGCAAGCACGAGUCCAUGAUCUCUGAACUGGAAGUGCGAAUGAAGAAAGAGGAGAAGGGUCGUCAGGACAUGGAGAAGGCCAAGAGGAAGGUGGAGGCGGAGCUAGCUGACCUCCAGGAGCAGCUCACCGACCUGCAGGCCCUGCUAGCCGAGCUCAGAGCGCAGCUGGCCGCCAAGGAAGAGGAGCUCCAGGUCAUACAGGCCUGCUUGGAGGAGGAGAGCAGUCACCAUGGCGCGGCGGUUAAGCGGAUUCGAGAGUUGGAGGUUCUGUUCUCAGAGAUGCAGGAGGACUUUGAGGCAGAGCGAGUUGCCAGGGCAAAGACUGAGGCAGCGCGACAGGAACUUGGGGAGGAGCUGAACGCUCUGCGUACUGAACUAGAGGACAGUCUGGACACCACUGCCGCCCAACAGGAGCUACGCGCAAAGCGUGAGCAAGAGGUGGCCGCGUUGAUGAAAGCCAUGGAGGAGGAGGGGCGGAGCCACAAGGCUCAAAUCCAUGAUCUGAGACAGAGACACAGUCAGACGAUGGAGGAGCUCAAUGAGCAGCUGGAUCAGGCCAAGAGGGUGAGGGCCAGUCUGGAAAAGGCCAAACAGACCCUGGAGAAGGAGUCGGCUGAUCUUUGCACUGACCUGCGAUCCCUCGCCAGCGCCAAGCAGGACGUGGAGCACAAGAAGAAGAAGGUGGAGGGUCAGCUGAACGACCUGCACGCCCGCUUUAAUGAGAGCGAGCGUCAGAGGACUGAGCUCGGAGAGAAAGUCUCCAAGAUGACUCUGGAGCUGGACUCUGCGAUGGGUCUGUUGAAUGAGGCGGAGGGCAAGAACAUCAAGCUGAGUAAAGACGUCUCCAGUCUGUCGUCUCAGCUUCAGGACGCCCAGGAGCUGCUCUCAGAGGAAACUCGUCAGAGGCUGAAUCUGUCCUCACGUCUCCGUCAGAUGGAGGAUGACAGAAACGGUCUGACGGAGCAGCUGGAUGAGGAGAUGGAGGCCAAACAGGCCAUGGAGAGGCAGGUCUCCAGCCUCAACAUGCAGCUGUCGGACUAUAAGAAGAAGAAGGAUGACAUGUCAGCAGUGGUGGAAAUGCUGGAGGAGGCAAAGAAGCGUCUGGAGAGGGAACUGGAAGCGACCAAGACUGAGUAUGAAGAGAAGGCCUCAGCCUUUGACAAGCUGGAGAAGAGCCGGAGCCGCAUGCAGCAGGAGCUGGAGGACGUCCUCGUGGACCUGGACAACCAGCGACAACUUGUCUCCAACCUGGAGAAGAAGCAGAAGAAGUUUGAUCAGAUGUUUGCAGAAGAGCGAGCAGUGUCAGCUAAGUUUGAAGAGGAGCGGGAUCGAGCUGAAGCCGAGGCGAGGGAGAAGGAGACACGGCUGUUAGCUUUGGCCAGAGCUCUGGAGGAGAACCAGGAUGCUCUGGAAGAGGCAGAGAAGACAAUGAAGGCUCUACGGACUGAGAUGGAGGAUCUCAUCAGCUCCAAGGAUGACGCGGGAAAGAGUGUCCAUGACCUGGAGAAGGUGAAACGUGGAUUGGAGGCCUUUGUGGAGGAGCUGAGGAUGCAGAUGGAGGAGCUAGAGGACGAACUCCAGGUAGCUGAGGACGCCAAGCUGCGUCUGGAGGUCAACACUCAGGCCCUCAGAGCUCAGCAUGAGAGGGAGAUUCAGGCCCGCUAUGAGAUGGGCGAGGAGAAGAGGAAGCAACUCCUAAAACAGGUGCGUGAGCUGGAGGCAGAGCUGGAGGAGGAGAGGAAGCAACGAGGUCAUGCAUCUGCUGGGAAGAAGAAGCUCGAGGGGGAGCUCAAGGACAUGGAGGACCAGCUGGAGGCCACCAGCAGGGGGCGGGACGAGGCCGUCAAGCAGCUUCGCAAGAUCCAGGGCCAGGUGAAGGAUCUCCAGAGGGAGGUGGACGACUCUCACGCAGCCCAGAAAGAGACGCUCACUUCAGCCCAAGAGGCCGAGCGUAGAGCCAGGGUCAUGGAGGCCGACGUCAUCCAGCUGCACGAGAUGUUGGCAUCAGCUGACAGAGCUCGUAAGCAGGCAGAGACAGAAAGAGACGAACUACAUGAAGAACUGGACACCAACUUCUCUGGAAAAUAUCUGCUCUCUGAUGAAAAGCGUCGCCUGGAGACAAAGAUCGGCCAGGUGGAGGAGGAGCUGGAGGAGGAGCAGGCUAACGUGGAGAAUCUCAGCGAGCGACUGAGGAGGAGCCAGCAGCUGGUGGAGCAGCUGGGGGCGGAGCUGACAGCAGAGAGACUGACCUUUCAGAGCAGGGAGGGAAACAUGCAGCAGCUGGAGAGACAAAACAGAGAGCUGAAGGCCAAACUGCAGGAGAGUGAGGGCCAGGGACGCUCCAAACUCAAGUCCUCUAUCGCCGCCCUCGAGGCCAAGCUGAGAGAGAUGGAGGAGCAGCUGGAGAUGGAGAGCAGAGAGCGUCAGGCCAGCGCCAAAAGUCUGCGUCAGAGGGAGAAGAAGCUGAAGGAUGUAACCGUUCAGAUGGAGGACGAGAGGAAGCAGGCACAGCAGUACAGAGACCAGGUGGAGAAGGGCAACAUGCGUGUGAAGCAGCUGAAGCAUCAGCUGGAGGAGGCAGAGGAGGAGGGGCAGCGUGUGGCUGCGGCUCGCAGGAAGCUGCAGCGCGAGCUGGACGAGGCGACCGAGGCCAACGACGCCCUGAGCAGAGAGGCGUCGUCCCUCAGGAGCAAACUGAGACGUAAUGGCGGGGAGGCCAACUUCAGCAGCCCUGGUCCUCGCAGCGGCGGCGGUGGAAUCAUCAGGAGAAUAAGCUGUAGGAGUGCCAACAAGAUGAAGUCGGAGGAACUGCACGAGGUUGAGCCCCCACCCCUGUCUUCUCCCGCCGGCAGCCCCCUGCUGGAGGCCUGUGCUGACGGCUACACCUGCUCACCUGAGGAGUAAAAGGGACCAGAAUAAUGACGACGUGUCAGAGAAACAUUUAUACACUCAAUGUUUAAAUGUUCCUCAGCAAAGAAAGCAACAUAUUUAUAAUUUAUUCACGGUUUAUUGGUGGAGGUGCCAGCAUCCACAAUGUUGAAAUACUGCAUUUAACAUGUACGACUGAUUCACUCUGAAAUGAUAAAAAGACAAAAGUGCCAUUAACUGCAAAGGUAGCAGUGUUUGUGUGGGCUGUUCACUCACAACUUUACCGAUUGUCGGUUUAAUUUGAUGUUUUACGGCAGUCGGCAUCGGUAAUGUUGCGUCACUACACCUUUUUUUCUCCUUUUCCAGGGAACUCCAGGGCUGCCUACUUUAACCUUCCUCUGGCAUUUCACAGAUGUUUGUCUCUAAUGUGAAGAAAACAGAAUUGUCACCGUCAUGUUUUAACAUUUGCAAUUUACAUGCACGUAGAUUCAUUCAUGCGUCAUGAAAGUUUGAGAAUUCAUUUAUUAUCGAACAUUACAUUUGUGUCACAUUUUCUUCACACAACAAAAUGGCCGACUGACAUUUGGAUUCGUUGUCUCGAAGCAUGAGACACAAACUUAUGCAUUUUAUCCUAAGGUUUUAAUUGGCUCGCUGUGCUGGACUCUGUGCUUUUUGUCAAACCAGUGCAAAAUAAAACUGUUCGUAAACA